GGGAAACCCCGUGGAUCGCACUGAACUCGCCUCUGUGCAGUCAGUCAGUGAGCGGCAGCUGAGCGGUGCAACUAACUGGAGAUAGAGCGACCACUCUCACUCACAGAAAUAAGCAGUCAUGGACAAGAGCCAACAUGUGCAGAGAGCCAAACUGUCAGAGCAGGCGGAACGCUAUGAUGACAUGGCCGCCUCCAUGAAGGAAGUGACUGAGCUUGGAGACGAACUGACUGACGAGGAGAGGAACCUGCUCUCUGUGGCCUACAAGAAUGUUGUGGGCGCUCGCCGGUCCGCUUGGAGGGUGGUGUCCAGCAUCGAGCAGAAGACCGAGGGCAGCGACAAACAGCAGAUGGCCAAAGAGUACCGGGAAAAGAUCGAGACAGAGCUGAAAUCCAUCUGCAAAGAUGUGCUGCAUCUCCUGGACAAGUUUCUGAUCCGCAGCACUUCUCCAGCAGAGAGCCAGGUGUUCUACCUGAAGAUGAAGGGAGACUAUUACCGCUACCUGGCAGAGGUUGCCACUGCAGAAGAGAAAGCCAAUAUCAUCCAGAAGUCUCAGGAAGGGUACCAGGCUGCUUUUGACAUCAGUAAAGACAACAUGCAGCCCACUCAUCCCAUCCGCCUGGGCCUGGCCCUCAACUUCUCUGUCUUCUACUAUGAGAUCCAGAACUCUCCAGAGCAGGCCUGCGAACUGGCCAAGAAGGCAUUUGAUGAUGCCAUUGCUGAGCUGGACCAGUUAACCGAAGACUCGUAUAAAGACAGCACACUGAUCAUGCAGCUACUUAGAGACAAUCUGACACUGUGGACCUCUGACAAUCAGGGUGACGGUGAGGACACAGAGGAGGGACGAGAAAACUAAAGCCAACUCUACUAUGAAGCUUUCAGUCAGCACAGCGAGCGACAACGCUGACGCUUUACAGUUCCAGCUUCAUACUCACCAGCCCGUCAUUUAUAUGUGUGUUUGGAUAUGAGAGUGUGAAGAAAAGACUGUUUCAUGACUGUGUAUUUGUACAUUUGUGUUUGUUUGGGGGGCAAACAGCAGCUGUUUGUCUAUUAAACAUGUUAACUUGAAGAGGUGGACAACACAUUGUAGUUUGUUGGCUUUAUGUGUGCUCAUAUAUGAGGCCAUUGGGAUGCUUUGUUUUUUCAUCAUCAAUGUGAGUCACCAUGAAGCCAAUAUGACAACGUCAUUGAACUUUGUUUUAGGUGCAUACGUGAGAGAGAGUGAGAGAGAGCAUGAAACCUUUUCUGUGUUUUGCUAGGGGAGCAUAUAGUAAUCGGGUUUUGCGUGGCUUAGACUGAAUUCUUAAUUUUACUAAAGAAUAAAGGAAACAAACCAAAAAAAAAGUCAGUAUGAAAGGAUAAUGGUGGCGGAUUGGGCUUGUGGAAGACAUUUUACUUCAGCUGUCAUGUGUUCAAUAUCCCAUCUGUGAAUAACGUACAAUUUUGUCCUUGUCAACCACAGAUCCAAGAUCAAAAAGACUUGACACAUGGCUUAUACUGUAACUUUGAUAUAAACAUCUUGUUACCAGUAA